UUUCAAAGUAGGUAGGUAACGUCUAGUUUAAACUUGAAUCUGCAUAGAAACAUGCAUUUCAUGCACACAAUUGCAAACAAUCAAGAUUUUAUCGCGAAUGUGUUUCUCUUUUUCAUUCACUUCAUUUUCCAAUCAACUUGCGAUUAGUUUCUGUUCACCAAGUGCACGAUUUUUAUCACCUUACAAAAAAAAAAAAUCACCGUUAUUUUGAAAAUACUCGAAUUAAUAUGAGCAGUGAUAGGUUUAUGGUGAAUCGUAGAAAUUUACAAAUUGAUGAAUCGAAUUACUGGUUACACAAUCAUAAUAGUUCAACAUUAAUUAAUGAUUAUUUCGAGAGAACUCCGGUAACAAAACAAGAUAUUCAUUAUACUGGAAAACUACACUACUUGAAGUCUCUAAGACAGAUACUAAAUAUCAAUGAGAAUCGUCCGUUACUACCGUUUAAUUCUAGUGGUUGUAAUUCUCAAAAUGAAGAAAUAAAGAGCCACUGGCCAGUCAAUCCACGUACCAAGCCUAUGGUAAAACCACAAAAGGCAGUUCUCGAUUUACCUGGUAUUAAAAAUAAUAUACAAUACAAUGUUGUGCACUGGAGUUCUAAUGAUUACAUCGUUGCAGCUUUGAGACAGAAUAUUUAUUUAUGGCACGUUCCUACUUCAAUUAUAGCUCAUAAUUUAUCCAAUAUUUGUCCCAUUAGCGCGUUACGAUUGGAUAGGUUAGGCAAUCGAAUGGCAUAUGCACAGAAAACAAUACUUUUUGGAAAACUAAUCAUGUGGGAUGUAAAAAAAGCCAAAGAAGUCUGUUCCAUAAGAGGUCCCUGUGAUCAUGAAUGUUUCAUAUCAUGCAUUGAUUGGCACCACAGCAAUGCCUAUCUAGUCAUAUCUUGUAAAAUGGGAAACUUAGCAUUGCUGACCCCUGAUUUGAAAAUAAUUACUCUGCGAAAAAAAGCGCACGGAUUAUACGCUAUUAUUCGAGUGAAAUUUUCUCCACAUGGUAAUUACUUAGCAUCAAGCGGUGAAGAUGCAAAAAUCAAUAUAUGGACAGUGCCACAGCUACAAAUUAUUCAUCAACAUUGCGAAGUGUACAUGAGUCGAGGAAUAUCCUGGCAUCCUUGGAGAUCAUCUUAUUUAUGUUACGGUACUUUUGGGGGUAAAAUUGCUUUAAUGAAUACAUCGCUAGGAAAAAAUCUUUACGAAUCUGAGGAUCAUAAUACCAUCAUUUACGAUUUAUCAUUCAACAGAACCACCGCUGAGCUGGUCACUAGUCAUGCUGUGAUAGAAUCUUAUCAUAAUUAUCGUUAUACUUCUCAAAUUAAUGUAUUAGCGCGAAUUAAUCGAACUGUAGACAGAUUUAUUGGUCAUACGGGGAGAAUAUUGUACUUGGAAUGGAGCCCAGACGAUACAACUUUAGCCAGUGCUGGUACCGAUGAAACGAUUUAUUUGUGGAAGUUCAUGGAAAACGCAACAAAGCAACUAAAACAUAAAAAAUUAGAUUUUUUUAAUUUCGAUGUACUGAUUUGAUAUCUUAAAUUAAGCUUAAAGCAUUUAUAUGAAACACGAAUGUAAAUUUAUACCUAGUCCCUUUUAAUAUUAUUAUUUUUUUUAUACCAGA